CUGCUCGUUAGCGUCAGACAGCGGGAUGAACAGACUUCUAGCACUGGACGUGUGUGUUUCAACCAAACCCGCUUCUCUUUACCAUGAAUUUGGCGUAUAAUGUCGAUGUUUACCGUCAGCAGAACGAGAGUGACAAGCAGUGGUCCGCUAGACGUCAGUUCAUACUUAAACACAUUGCAGAGUACGAGGACAAUGCUGUUGAUAAGCUACUGGCCCUUUCGAUGGUGUGGGUUAACCACGUUUUCUUGGGAUGCAGGUAUGGCCCUCAAAUAAUGCACAGGGUGCUUGAGUUGGCAGAAGGGAUUGAUAUUGGUGAAAUGCCCUCAUAUGAACUAGUUCCAGGCGCUGAUGCAAAAAAGAGACCAAAUUCAUCUGAUGGAAUUCAGGAGCCCAUGAGGAAGAUGCCAAUGUCCAAAUUUGGUUCCAGACCUCGAUUCGAGCCAGUACACUUUGUGAGUGGCGGGAACAGCAGCAGUGGAAAAGAAGGAACUGACGAAAAAGAAAAUGAGAAAGAGCACAGGAGGGGUGAGAUGAAUGAUGUUAGACAGAGGGAACCAGAUCAUCAGCCAUGUAACAAUAGCCAUGUUAAUGGUCCCUCUUCCUCCUCUGGCUCCUUUGAGACAGAGAGGUUUGGAUACCAUGAUUGGCCUGAGCACAGAGGUAAAGAGACAGCCUCAGGCAGCACAAGUGGGCUAUGCCAUGGCAGCAGAUGGCCCACUGGAAACUUUAUGGGCAAAAUGCAGCAGGAGUACACUUCUAGAUAUGAAGCACACACUGCUAGACAGUCUGACUUAUUCUCACAAGCAGAUCGAUUUGAUGGAUCCCGCAGGGCUGGAAGGUCUGGAGGCUGGGAUGCGGGGCGACAUGGACUGGGAUUUGGGUAUCAGGAUAGACCAACCUCAAGCAAGGUUUUCACCAGGGUAUAUGAUGGUCCAAGCACAAGCAGCUCUGGUCUUCAUACACCCUCACUGCCAACUUCUUUACUCCCAAUGAAUGAUGGGGAAAAACAGAGGCUAAUUGCUAGAGUAGCAUCAGCUGUUGCCAUCACGCUUCGAGAUCCCGCCUUCAUGAGUGACACACCGAAUUACAAUUUCAUACUUAGCCGCAGCAUUCAGGCCUGUAAGACCAAUCCUGAGUAUAUAUAUGUUAAUUUAAGGGAUAUUCCACCCUCUGACCUACCGAAGAACAGGAAGGUACCCUCAGAUGGAUAUGCAUGUGAGCUAAGGUGUCAGUCAGUAUACCUUGCCACGGGGUACUCUGGCAGCAAAAAUGGUGCCAGAGACCGUGCAUCAGAACAGGCUGUCAAGCUUUUCAUGAGUCCAGUGGAGGUUCGCUUGGUGCAACGGCAGUAUAAGCGCAGUUAUGUCAACGAUAUGGUGGUUUGCCAGGUUAACACUCCAGCCCCAAUCCUCCCCCCACCUCUUCGGAACCCAGAGGACAAGCCACCCCCCAGCACCAAGGGCCAGUAUGAGCCUGACAGAAGCAAACACUGGACAGAAUUUGUUAUCAUGGAAAAUGCACACGAUGCCAUCUGUAUACUUAACAACUCUGCUGCUUUCAACCGCAUGAAAGUUGACUUCACUUUUCACCCAGUUCCUAGCUGCAAUUUAUGGCUGUGUAGUGUUUACCUGCAGGGUGAACUAGUGGCACAAGCCAAAGGGACUAAGAAGAGCUCGAAACAUUUAGCAGCAGAGGAAGCUGUAAGGAAGUUACGAAGGAAUCAGGCUGCUCGCCAACAACAACAGCAGCAUCAGCAUUUGUCUGUAGGGAACCACAGUUCAGAUCAGCCCAGUGGCAGCUUUAGUCUGCACUGUGGUAGGAAAGCGCAACUCAGUCAAUUGGUUAUCCUUGAAAACUCUGAUAAUGCCAUUUGCAUAAUAAAUGACACCGCCCAAUUUAAUAAGGUACCUGCUGAUUACAAAUUUACAGUUCUGCCAGACCAUCGCUGGAGGUGUGAAGUUCACCUAGAUGGUCAGUUUGUGGCUGCAGGCAUAGGCCCCAAAAAGACUGUGAAACAUAUUGCGGCAGAGGAGGCCCUGGCCACUCUUCGACAAACACAGGCAGUGGUGAAGUCCAACCUCAGAAAGGAUGGUAAUGUGGAUGCUAUUUCCCGUAAUCAAAUCAUAGCUCGUUCUGGUGAGGACUCCAUGCGACAGGAGAUCAAGGAGGAUAACAUUGGCAAUCAGCUACUCCGUAAGAUGGGCUGGACAGGUGGCGGUUUGGGUAGAGAGGGGGAGGGUAUUGCUGAGCCUAUCAUGGUAAAAGAGCAGUUUACCAGGGAAGGACUUGGUAUGGAUAUGGACAGGAAUGGCAACCAGCUCACCAAGCGUGAUAUUGAGGAAAUAAUUCGGAAUUAUGCCAGUUCCAAUCGCCAAGAUGAUCUGCGCUUCUCCACUGAGCUCAACAAUGAAGAACGCAGGCAGAUUCACCAGAUAUCCCAAAGGUACGGGCUGCGCAGCAAAUCUUACGGACAGGGCAAACAACGCUUUCUUGUGGUUAGCCGCAGAGUUCAGAAGGACCAGCUAAUUGGUCAGCUUUUGCAGGAAGGGCAGGUAGGACGAUAUGAACUGGUGAAACCUCAGUUUUCCCAUUGACUGGACUUUGUUGGCCUCAGAGAAACCAACAGAUGACCAGUAAUAAAAGCAAAGUGGUUUUAUGUGUACUUGUUACUUUUACUUGUUUCAGAAGAGUGUAAAAAAAAACAAUAUGUUUUUUUAAAGCAGGGAAUUUUUCUGUAAGCCUGGAAGACCCGAUUAUUUCUCAAUUAAUGCUACAACGUGGGUUAGCUUUCUCUGUUCAACCUAAUGUAAUUCUAUGGAAUUUGUCCAGAUUUGCCUUAGGCUAGCUCAAGGCCAUAUGAUGUACACAAGUUUCUUUACUAAAUGAAUUGUCAUAUCUUGUAUCCUGUGAAUCAUAUUUAUUGUAAAUUAAUAGUGGGACCUUAUGGCAGAACAUAGUCCUCAGAGUAGACAUUGCAUUUUUAUUAUAUUUUCACAAUGGACAAUAUAAUAUUCACACAUUCACAUGUAUUGUAAGAUUUACACUUUAAAAAUAUAUUAACUAUCUUGAAAUACAAAACG